AGAUCUGUAUGACUUGCAACUUUCACGAGUGAGGGGCCAACGCAGUUGGGCCCCCCCUAAUUAGUUUUCUAUUCGCCUUCAUCGAGGAAUUGUCGUAUUGCUGUGAAAUAUAAUUGACGUUCAGUGUCAAACAGUGUUCGUUUUAAACAUCUGUGAUAGCAGAAAAAACAAGUGUGUUUUUUUGGCGCCAGUCGGCUAUAUACGCCAUUGGAAAACAAAGUCAACGAAAUCCUGUAUUUUCCAACAUGGCGACGCGCGCUCCUAAGGAAAAGAGGCGGAAUUCGGAGAAGCGCAAGGAGAAAUCCCGAGAAGCUGCGCGCUGCCGCCGAAGCAAGGAAUCGGAAAUCUUUACCGACAUGGCCAAUUUACUCCCUGUGCCGGCCAGUCUUAGCUCUCAAUUGGAUAAGGCAUCUAUCAUGAGGCUGACCAUAGCUUUCCUGAAAGCACAGUCUCUCCUUGGCAACAGUGUCCAAGAACUGUGCAGUAUGUGGAAUGAAGAAAAAUGUUCGAUGGCCGACGCAUGUUGGCCCCAAGCUCUUGGCGGUAUGCUAUUGGCUCUAUCAUCUGAAGGAGAUAUCAUCUACUUGACUGAAAACGUAACCCAGCAACUAGGUCUCCCGCAGAUGGACCUGAUUGGGCAAAGUAUUUACGACUAUUGCCACCCGUGCGAUCAUGAUGAACUCCGUGAAGUGCUUUCGCUGCGUCCUGAUGGUGAUUUAACGCGCUCUUUUUUUCUUCGCCUAAAGUCAACAAUAACAGCUAAAGGACGGAGUAAUAAUAACCUGAAAGCCGCCUCUUACAAAGUUAUGAACUGUUCGGGACGCAUUGUAUUGGCGACCGCAAGCGUUCGUAAUGGUUAUUCGCAAGAGCGUGCUUUCGAUGAAGAAGACGAUUUACUAACUGAGGACGAUUUGGAACUGGAGGCCAAGGCUCCGACUAGCCACUUUCUCGUCAUGGUUGGUGAUCCCAUACCGCAUCCAUCCAACAUUGAAAUGCCGCUGGACAGCUACACUUUCCUUACCAAACACACCUUGGAUAUGAAGUACAGCUACGUCGAUGAAAAGAUUUACGAGUUUUUGGGAUACACGCCAGAGGAUUUGGAAGGUCAGUCGGCGUAUCAACUACAUCAUGCACAGGACAACGAGUCCGUACUCAAGAGCUACAAAACGAUGUUUACCAAAGGGCAAAUUCAAACCCCUCCUUACAGAUUCUUGGCAAGGCAUGGCGGUUAUGCUUGGAUCCAGACCCAAGCCACUCUCGUAUAUGGCAACCGAGAUUCGAGGCCGCAAGCCGUUGUUUGUGUUCAUACUUGUCUUAGCGAAAUUGAGGAUGGAGAUCAAAUCCUAUUUGCUAACCAAGCAGAAACAUCAACCAUUAGUCUUGCCCACCGACCACUGGUUGCUGCUCCUGGACCAUCAAGAAAGCCACCCACCGAUUGGGUGCCACAGAAUAUGACUUCUAAGCUAUUUGUACCUAAGACUGCUGAGAUGAACGAAGGAUUCUUGAUCUUCGACAAGCAAAAUGGCGCUACUGUCCUGAAAGAGGAGCCGGAGGACUUGACUCACUUAGCCCCUGUCGCUGGGGACACGUGCAUCCCAUUGGACAUGCCAUCCGUCAGUUUCCCUAGCGACCUUUUCGAUGUUGAGCAACUGACGCCCGAGUUUUUCGAUUGUCUGCCUCUAACCGGUUUUGAUAUCCCCUUGCUGAUGGAAUCGGAGCAAUGGAUCGCUAGCGAUGGCAGUGGCGCAAUUGAGCCGGUCGACUUUUGUGUCCCGCCUGUUAUCAAGCAAGAAGAUCCAUUUAUAUUCUUUAAUAGCGAAACUCCUCUGCCGAGUAGCUCGUCUAAUGUGUCGUCACCUCUGGCCUCUAGCUCACCAGACAAGGAAGAUUACGAAAUAGAUUAUCGGAUGACUGUUACCAGUCCAUCCUUUAUGGACGAUACUUUUAUGGCGUGCUCAGCAUUGAAGAGCUCGAAAUCUCCGUUGGAAGAAGAAGACGAAUUGGAUCGAAGAGCUCCUUACAUAUCGAUGAAUGAAAGCGACGAUUUGCCGCUAUUUGAUCCAUCUGAGCUUUUUUGUGGUUUGGAUUUGGAAUGCUUACCCCUGCUACCUAUGCAGAAAACGGGUUUGACAUUCAGCGAAACGGACCAAUGCGUACUCGUCAAGCUGCUACAACAAAAUGAUCUGCCAAAACCAGUUGGCGGGCCUCCAAAAUUAGCGGAAUGCCGGCCGCCAGUUGUAAAAGAAAGUAGUCCUCCGGAGACGGUGGCUGCGUCCUUUUUGGCUUCACAACAUGCGCACAAGCGCAGCAGUUUAGGUCCGGCUGACGAUUCGAAUCCCAAGCGAUUGAAAGCGCCGACAUUGAAAAUACCUUCAGCUGGACCGUUGGCAACCCGCGUAGUACCAUUGAAGCCGUCGAGAGGCGCCACAUCUAGUUUAAUGGAAUUGCUUAUUGAGAGGCCGACGGAGCGGAGCAAGCAAUCUUCCAGCGUUCUCCAGAACUUAUUGGUCAGUGGUCAUGACUUGCAGACGGGGCACGAACUGCAGAAGCGACACUCUUCCUGCAAAGCUGUCUCUUCGUCUUCUUCUUGCUUUGUAUCUCUGCUUCCUCCUCCUCAGCUUUCUCUGGAAAAGGUUCAGCAACCAUUUCUAAAGAAGCAGUUGCUGAUGGAGCAGCAAGACCAGUUUUACGGUGAUCGGUUCGACUCGUCUAGUGACGCGGGGAGCGAUACGGACACGAAAGUUCGCCAUCCGGGAGCAUUCAGUUCGUUGAAUAAUUUCCCUUUUAAUAUGGACGCGUCACCCUGUUCUUCCGUAUCGCUCGAUAUUGACGCAGAUUUCUUUGACACGCUUAACAUGUCCGGCGAAUUCGUCGCCACCGACGGUGCAACCGAGUGAUUUAACAACUUCCCGGUAAAAAACAAUAACAGCGUUUGAGAUAGGGAGAGUUUGAUUUCGUUUUAUUUGAUCGCUACCAACCUGCUCAAUCAAGUGAGGGGAAAAAUAUUUUCAGGCAAAAAAACAAAAAAGUAAAAAUAUAUUCAUUUUUAAAGGGUUGUUUAUGCGCGUCGAGCAAAAACGGUAGUCGAUGGAUACAGGAAACUGUCUUGCAAUAUGUAGCUGGAAAUUCUCCGUAGGUCUAAAAUGCCGUAUGUUUCCUUUCGUUAAUAUUUUUUUAGUUUUUCUUCAAGUAGUUCUCAAAAGAAAACUCUUGCCGAUGUGAAGGUUAACAUCCCAAGCAUUUAUUUUGUCUAAUAAUAAUUUUUCCCCUCUUUUGUUUUCUCUUACAGUUAUCUUAAUUAAUCAGUGUCUCGUAACAGAAAUCCAAUUCAAAUAGCGCACUUUUGAUUUAUUACAAUUUAAACGUUAAAAAAAAGGAAGAAAAUAAUUAAAAUACCAUAAUAUUGGCUUCUGUCAAUUGCUUGUCUCUCUGACUCUAUUGAUGGUUAGCUCAUAUUCCGUUCGUCCCUCUGCCCGUCUUUCUGCGUCUCCCCCAAGCUAGGACGAUAUAUUACCGUAGUUGUCUUUCCAUAUUUUUUUGGUUUCUGUCUCUAUUACACUUCUUUUGGGCUUUAUUAAGAUUAAACGACAGAUUGAUAUAAUUCCCAUCACCUGCGACAGGUGAAAAAUAAAAAUAUAUACACACCUUUAAUCUAUUAGUUGCUUUUCCCCACCGCUCACUAUACUGACUUGUCUUUCCUUCCAGCCUCUUCACCAUUUCCCUGGGUUUUUUUUUUUAGGUUAAAAAAAAAAACGAUUUUUCUGUUCUUAUUUUUAGCUCCCAACCCAUUCAACUUAUUGCGUUAGCCUGUAGAUGGGGCUCAUGGUAUAAUUUUUUCCCCCUGAUUAUAUUCAUUCUCUUUUUGCAUGUGAACCAGCCGAGUUUAUGUUUAUUAUUUUCAUUCGUCUCUCGUCACUUUCCUUCUUCUUUUGCAUUAUCAGAUUCUCACGACCCAUAUUUGGAACAGACCACAUGUAUGUUUGUAAAGUAGGAAAGAAAAAUGUCUAUCGGGAAAAGAAAAA